CUCUUCUCCAUUUCCUCUCACAGCCUAAACACAGAAACACCAUCUGCUCAUCUCUCUUUCUUUUUCUUCAAAAACAAUUUAAUCUUUUGAUUUUUUAUCAUGGCCGUUGAUUCUGGUCUAUCAUCUCCUCUGAGUCCUCCUGCAUCUGAAAAGGACGCCAAAGUUCUUCAAUUCAUUGAAGACAUGACUAAAAACGUAGACUCAGUGCAAGAAAGGCUUCUUGCGGAAAUACUCAGCAGAAACUCAGAGACUGAGUAUCUUAGCCGAUUUUCGCUUCAAGGAGCAACUGAUCGAGACACUUUUAAAUCAAAAAUCCCUGUAGUUACCUAUGAGGAUCUUCAGCCUGAUAUUCAACGUAUAGCUAAUGGUGAUCGCUCUCCCAUCUUCUCUGCACACCCUGUUUCUGAGUUUCUCACUAGCUCUGGUACUUCUGCUGGUGAGAGGAAACUGAUGCCAACAAUUCAAGAAGAGAUGGAUCGUCGCCAAUUAUUAUACAGUCUUCUUAUGCCUGUUAUGAAUCUAUAUGUGCCUGGUUUGGACAAAGGGAAAGGACUAUAUUUCUUGUUUGUGAAGGCUGAGACAAAAACGCCAAGUGGGUUAGUGGCGCGUCCAGUACUCACAAGCUACUACAAGAGCGAACAUUUCAAGAACAGACCAUAUGAUCCUUACAAUAAUUAUACUAGCCCAAACGAGGCUGUUCUUUGUGCAGACUCUUUCCAAAGCAUGUACUCCCAAAUGCUUUGUGGACUCCUUGUGCGCGAAGAAGUACUCCGUGUUGGUGCAAUUUUCGCCUCUGGUCUUCUAAGAGCAAUUAAUUUCCUUCAGGUCCACUGGAAGCAACUGGCAGAGGAUAUUUCAUCUGGAACGUUAAACCCUAGAAUAACUGAAGUCUCUGUUAGGGAAUGUAUUGGCAAAAUCUUGAAACCUAACCCAGAACUCGCUGAGUUCAUUGCAAAAGAAUGCUCGAAAGAGAACUGGGAAGGUAUCAUAACAAGAAUUUGGCCUAAUACAAAAUAUCUAGACGUAAUUGUGACUGGAGCUAUGGCACAGUAUAUUCCUACCCUAGAAUAUUACAGUGGUGGGUUGCCUAUGGCUUGCACCAUGUACGCUUCUUCUGAGUGUUAUUUCGGGCUUAAUUUGAAGCCAAUGUGCAAGCCGUCUGAGGUUUCUUAUACAAUAAUGCCGAACAUGGCUUACUUUGAGUUCUUGCCUCAUCAACCCUCUGGAGCUUUCUCUCGUGACUCUCCUCCACGCCUUGUUGAUCUUGCCGACGUUGAAGUUGGAAAAGAAUAUGAACUGGUAAUCACUACUUACGCUGGUUUAUACCGGUACCGAGUCGGUGACAUUCUCCGAGUCACCGGAUUUUAUAACUCAGCUCCACAAUUUCGGUUUAUAAGGAGAAAGAACGUGUUGUUGAGUAUUGACUCGGAUAAAACCGACGAAGCUGAGUUGCAAAAGGCCAUUGAAAAUGCUUCUUUUCUUCUAAAAGAAUUCAACACAAGCGUUGUUGAAUACACAAGUUAUGCUGAUACUAAUACAAUUCCAGGUCAUUAUGUCAUAUAUUGGGAACUGAUGGUUAAGGACACAGCAAAUUCACCAACAGAGGAAGUAUUGAACCAGUGCUGUCUCGCCAUGGAAGAGUCACUGAACUCGGUUUAUAGACAAGGACGAGUUGCUGACAACUCAAUCGGUCCUCUAGAGAUAAGAGUAGUGAAAAAUGGCACUUUUGAAGAGCUUAUGGAUUAUGCAAUAUCAAGAGGUGCGUCUAUUAACCAGUAUAAGGUACCAAGAUGUGUUAGUUUCACGCCAAUAAUGGAACUGUUGGACUCAAGAGUUGUUUCAAAGCAUUUCAGCCCAUCUCUACCACAUUGGACACCAGAACGACGCCAUUGAAUGCAUGGCGGCAAGGAAAAAAAAAAAAAAAAAAAAGAAGGGAUUUAAUCUAUCUCCUUGGGAAGAUAGACGUACCAGUGACAGACAGCAACUACUCUCUAAUUAUGUCUCUUUCUUUUUCUUGAAUUUUAUUAGCUUUUAAAAGUAUCUUUUGAAAUAGCAUAAGGGGAGUCUGUGUUUGUGUAAUAAGUUCACAUAAUCUGUACUGCGCAUGAUGUAAUUGUCCAUUAUAUGUUUGUUUGUCCAUUGGAAUCCUUUACUUCUCUCUCCCUGUA